AUGGCAAACCAAGAAAUCAGUUUAAAGUGGAAUGGGUAUCAAAAUAAUAUUCUGUGUAAUGUUAAGGAAUUAUUUAAGGAUGAAAAUUUAUCCGACGUCACACUUGUUUCGGAGGGACAAAGUUUUAAAGCUCAUAAAAUUAUCCUGUCGGCAAAUAGUUCUGUAUUUAGAACUAUCUUUCAGCAAAACCCCCAGAAAGAUCCAAUUAUAGUGCUCCAUGACAUCAACACGGAUUCAUUGAAAACUUUGUUGAAGUUUAUGUACAAUGGAGAGGUUAAUGUAACUGAGGAGUUUCUACCAGUACUUCUCAAGACUGCUGAGAGUUUGAGAAUAUGUGGUCUAUCUGCUGGUAAUGAUGCUACUAAAGAUAGGGAUGAUGAGAAAACUGCAACAUCAACACAGUCUUUGUCAAAGAAACGCAAGAAGAGUGAAUUGGACGAUAGCAAUAAUAAAAGUAAGAAGGCAGCUCCUAGUCCUCCCAAACCAGAUUCAGUUGCUGCAGUACCAACAUGUGACCUUUUGAAGACUCCUCAAAUAAUGCCAAAAGUUGAACCUGUGGAUUCACCAUUAACUGAUUACUCCGGAGAAAAUACUACUGACACCGAUAUUGCUGUUCUUGAAGAUACAUUGGAAAAAAAAUAUUCUAUAAGCCCAGAAAAUCGUACAAGCAAAUCUGUGUGUACCAAGGGUGUAAGUGAUUCUAAUGUGAAGAAAUGGAUUAAUGAAGUUAGCAGCACACAGCCUUGUCUGAAUGUUGAGAAAAAUGUUGACCAAGAAGAUGAAAAAGAACUUGAAAUUGAUAAAGAAGUUGAAACUGUACUGCAAAGUGGAACUAUUGUAGAGUCAUUGAGUAUAACAACUGAGAAUUUGAAUUUUGUUUCUAGUGAGGCUCACAGUAUGAAAGAUAAAACAAGUACCUGUUAUGCAAACCCGUCCUUCCCAUGCCCUUUUUGUCCACGAGUUUAUAAUUCUUGGGGUUACCGCAGACGACAUGUGAAAUCCAGACAUAUGACCAAUAGAUUAUCCUGUAAGUGGUGUGUAUCUAUUCUGCCAUCAACCGGAGCUUGGUAUUCCCAUGCCACAAGAUCCCAUGGCGUUCCUCAUGAGGAAGCUAGGAAUUCACUCGUUGUAAUGGUUGAAGCUCAUGCUGUACUGACGUUGAAUGAACCGAGUGUGGCCCAGUUAUUGGGCCAAGUUGGUAUUGAUAGUGGUGAAAAGGCAAACUAG